AUGAAUGUCAGUAGCAAUAGUAGUAGUAUUACAGUAAUAACCACAACACCAUCAUGGAUUCCUACACUAUUAACAAAUCGUCUAUUAUCAAUAUAUUCUCUAUUACUAAUUAUUAUUGGCACACCAUGUAAUAUAUUGUGUAUAUGUAUAUAUUUUCAAAAACAAAAUCGUUCAAGUUCAAUAAAAACUAUUUUUGGUUAUUUGGCACUGUUAGAUUGUAUCACAUUGUAUACAUUUAAUUUGAACUAUGUUUAUCGAGAAUUUUAUAUUAAUCAACAUCAACAUGAUGAUGAAGAUGGUCAUACUAAUGGAAUGAUGUUAAUUAAAAAAAAAAAUUUAGAAGAAUAUUCGUUAAUUAUAUGUCGUUUAUUGUCAUAUACAGCCUUUACCACACUUCAAACAUCUUCAUGGAUACUGGCAUUUGGUUCUGUCAAUCGUUACUUAUUAAUAAAACAAUUGGGCUAUUUUAAAUUUAUUUGUAAACGUAGUUAUACUAUUAUCAUUUGCUUAAUUAUUACUUGUACAUUUCUUGUGUCAAAUAUCCAUAUAUUAAUUAUGAAUGGUUAUAGUACUAGUAAUCGUGGUAAUCACACUAACACCAUUGUUCAUUGUUAUAAAAAUAUCCACUAUCCAAAUUAUAUGAUAUAUUAUCAACGUUUUCAUUUGGUUAUCUACAGUAUAUUACCCAGCGUUUUGCUACUUAUUUUUAAUGCUCUCUUAAUACGUACAAUAAUUCAAAGUAAACGUCGUCUUAUUAAGCAUAAAAAAUUAUCUGUAGCAUUAUUUUAUAAUAACAAUGGAUAUUUAACAAUAUCACCACAACCAACAACAGCCACAACCGCACGAUGCUCAUUAAGGCACAAAAUUGCUGGUAUCAAAAAUAAUAAAAUGUUGUUAAAUAAUCCUAUGCGUUGGUUAAAUCGUGGUCAUAGUCGAAAACUAACAUUAUCAUUAAUAUUUAUUGCAAUAUCAUUUUUCAUACUAACAUUUCCAUCUACUCUUCUAUUCUCUCAUUUUCGUUUAAAAAUUCAUAACUUGUCUUAUCGGCGUACAAUAACGUUAUUUUUUACAAAUUUAUCAACAACAACACAUGUCAUACGAUUUUUUAUCUACUUCUUUUGUUCGAUUGAUUUUAGAAACGAUUUUUUUAAAUUAUUAAUUUGUUUGUGUUUCAAGCAACAUAAAAAACAAACAAAAUUAACAAUAGUAAUGAAAUAA